UAAAUAGAACAGUGCACAUGCGUUACAACUCACUUCCGUGUGAUCUACCACGCUUUUAAAAAUGGCGGAGGCAAAUGGUCCCAAUGCUGGAAUUAUUCCAGCUAUUUACGAUUUUUUGAAAGAAAAAUGCAAGAAAGCAGCGGACAUUUUCAAAAAAGAGACUGGUGCAAAACCACUACCCCCUGGAUCACCAAGAAUUGCUGACAUAUACGAGUCAUGGAUAAAGACACAAUCUCCAGUGAAGAGGAAGGCGGAUUCUAGUUCUGGAGUUCAAAACCACAAGAAAGCCAAGCAGGACAGCUCUGAUUCUGAUUCUUCCAGUGACUCAGAAAGUGAGAAAAAGCCAGCCAAGGUUUUACCAGACACAACUAAACCAGUGGCUCCUGCCAGUAAAAAGAAUAAACCAGAUUUACCAUCGAGUUCUGACUCUGAUGCGGACUCAGAAUCAUCAGAUUCUGAUGAGCCUACACCCAAAGGCACUUCAAAACCUGUAGGAAAAAAAUUAACAAAAACAGCCACUUCCCAACAGAUGAAAACUGCCAACCCACAGUUGAAAAAGGCAGAAGCUAGCAGUGAUAGUAGUACUGAUUCUUCUGACUCAGAAAAUGAUGCUCCUAAACCUUCACAAACAGUUAUACCUCAAGCAGCUAAGGGAAAACCAGUAGUUCCAGCUAAAGCAGCUGAGAAAGACUCCAGCUCUGGUUCUUCAGACUCCAGCUCCGACUCUUCAGAUGAUGAAGGGCCACCAGCCAAGAAACCUGCCUUAAAUGUAGCAAGGAAAUCUCCCACCCAAAAACCUACCCCACAGGCCAUGAAACCUAUACCACAAGUUUCAAAAGCUAAGAAGGCAGAAUCCUCAAGUUCAGAAGACUCGUCAUCCUCUUCUGAAGAUGAAAAACCUGCCCAGAAAGUGAUAACCCCUGCUAUUAAACCUCCAGUGGGAAAAGUUACUCCUCGCAAAGUUGCUACCCCUGCUAACAAAAAGCAAGUAGCGAAAGCAUCGAGUUCAGAUACAAGCAGUUCUGAUGAAGAGGAGAAGCCAGCAAAAGCAACACCUGUUGCUGGCAAACCAAAAGCACCAGCAUCUAAACCUGCACCUGUAGCUGUGAAAAAAGACUCGGAUUCCAGUUCAUCAGAUACAAGCUCAGAUGAGGAUGUGUCUGUGAAAACAACUGGAAAAACUACAGUAAAAACAGCCACACCAGCAAAGCCUGCAAUAUCUGCAAAAAAAGACUCAGAUUCCAGUUCAUCAGAUACAAGCUCAGAUGAGGAUGUGUCUGUGAAAACAACCGGAAAAACUGCAGUAAAAACAGCCACUCCAGCAAAGCCUGCAAUAUCUGCAAAAAAAGAAUCAGAUUCCAGUUCAUCAGAUUCAAGCUCUGAUGAUGAUGUAGAAACUGCCACACCUGCAAAAACGUUGACAAAGGCAACUCCUGCAAAGCCAGCUUCAAAACCAUCAACAUCUAACAAGAAACAAAAAUCUGAUUCCAGUUCUUCAGACUCGAGCUCCGAUGAGGAUGUCCCUGUAAAGAAUAUCACAUCUACUAAAGUAACAGCAAAGGCAACUUCAGCUGCAAAACCAGCAACAGUGACAACCAAGAAACAAGCAUCUGAUUCCAGUUCAUCCGAUUCUAGCUCAGAUGAGGACAUCUCUAAAGAAGCUGCAACCAAGGCAACCCCUCCAGCCAAACCUGCACCAAAGUUGGCAUCUGCCAAGAAAAAAGAAUCGGAUUCAAGCUCAUCUGACUCCAGCUCAGAUGAAGAGGAAAACAAAAAGAAACAACCAGCAAAACAAGGAGAACCAGCCAAACCCUCAACCCCAGCCCAAAAACAAGCUAAGCCAGAUUCUAGUUCUUCAUCUGAGUCUAGCAGCUCAGAUGAAGAUGACAAACCUGCUUCUAAGGCACCUGCUAAACAAACAACAACUGCCAAGAAGGUCAAGCCAGAUUCCAGUUCAUCAGAUUCUAGUAGUUCAGAUGAAGAUGAAAAACCCAGUACAAAAGGAACAGCAGCAAAAGUAAGUGCUAAGAAACGAGAAUCUAGCUCCUCUGAUGAUUCUAGUUCUGAAGACGAAACUUCAACUACAGCUAAAAGGAUUGCAGCUGGGGCAGUGAAUGGACAAAAAAUGCCAACAGCUGCGAAUGUAACUAAAAAACAAGAUUCUAGUUCAUCUGACUCCAGCUCUGAUGAUGAAAAUGAUAAAAAGAAAGUUCUUCAAAAUUCUAACCCAAAAACUGACCCUAAAACACAAACAAAUGUUAAAACUCUGAGUAAGACUAAAGCAGAGUCGCCUAGCUCAGAUUCUAGUACUUCAGACGAGGAAGAAAUUCCUACCAAAAAGGCCAAGAUGGUUACACCUAAUUCAGUUGAGAAGCCUCUCUUAAAUGGUGGUAGUGGAGGAAGUGGGCAAAAGGUAAAAAAUAGUCCAUUUAAAAGAGUGAAGGAAGAUCAGAUUAAAGUUUCCCCAAAACUAGCGGACAAUUCAUUUGAAGCCAAGUCUGGUGCAAGGGGAUCAUGGGGGGAGAGAGCAAAUCAAGACUUGAAACACACAAAAGGGAAAUCCUUCCGCCAUGAAAAGACUAAGAAGAAGAGAGGCAGUUAUGCUGGAGGUGCUAUAGAUCAAAGUGUGCACUCUAUCAAGUUUGACAGUGACUGAAUGUUCUAACCUCAUCUCAGAGAACUCCCAACACUGAACAUUUUCAAAAAACUCACCAGAUUGUGGGACAUAUUUCCAUGAAUGAAACACCAUAAACUUAUGUUCUCAUACUGUGUACUUUGUCAUUUGGGUAAUUAAAGCAUAAGUAAGUCAAAUCAGUUGUCACCAGUGCUAUCUUGGUAGAUUUUCAGUGGCUGCAUUUGAGAUGAUGCUGCUGCGAUUUCAGAUGGACAACCAUUUCAGAGAAAUUAGGUAGCAGUAGAUCCAAGUUUUGAGCUGAUUAUAUUAGAGCUGUUACAUUACAAGCAUUAAGUAGUUUUCAUGGGUUUUCUUGAUUAUUUUUGUAAGAAUAAUAAAAGGAAGUGGAUUAUUAGCUGUAGUAAAGGUGAUUAUGUAGUAAUUUAUACCACUGAAUGAUGAAGAAGCACCAGAUAUGUCCAAAUGUGAAGAUUAUUUUCUUGAGUAACAUUGCAUGUAGGUAGGAGGAACAGAUCUUCAGAAGUCAUCUAAAAGAGAUGAAACUACUAGUAAUUUUUACUGAGAGAACUAGUAUCUUUUUCUACUGCCGGGAUCUGUUAAGGCUCAAUGAACUGAGAGGUGGGAUGGGUGAAAUAUUCAUCGAUGAUGAAAACAUAAAAAUAGUUGUUUUCAUUAACUUGUAUAGAAAAUGCCAAUUGCAUUAAAGUAGUAAAGUAGUCUACGUGAUGGAUUUAGAAAUAAGUUGGAGAAUUUUCAACAGUUUUAGAAUUUUAGGUUUUGUUGCUGGACAAUUUAGGCAAUAGAAAAAUGGCAUUCUCUUUGUGAUGUUGAAAAAAUAAAUGUAGUUUAACAGAAUAGUU